AUGGCCGUUCCUGCCAGGCUCAGCUUCACCGUGAGGAGUAUUUUGGAUUUACCAGAAAAUGACAGCGAAAACGCAGAACAUCUUUUGCCCCUGCAUUCGAUCUCUGGAUCUCCAUACUCAUCCUGGGCAGACAGCGACCGAGGCCACUGCAUGUCCUCAGAUGAAAGCAAUCCGGAGGCGUCCCCUGACUCCACUGGGUCUAACCACCCUCCUGUAGAGGCAGAUCAGGAAAAGAAGAAGAAAAGACGUGUGUUGUUCUCCAAGUCUCAGACUUAUGAGCUGGAGAGACGCUUCCGACAGCAGCGCUACCUGUCCGCUCAGGAACGCGAGCAGCUCGCGCAUCUCCUCUGCCUCACACCCACACAGGUCAAGAUCUGGUUUCAGAAUCACAGGUAUAAAAUGAAGCGCGCGCGGGUGGAGUGUGUGCAGGAUUUCGGCGCUCCUCCGGUGUUGCGCAGGGUCGUGGUGCCGAUUCUGGUGCGGGACGGGAAACCUUACCAGAGCUGCAUUGGAGAAACAGAAAAGAGAGGCUGCGUUGUCCCACCGUCGACCUGUAGUCCUCGAGGGUUUCAGCCUUUUCAGCCAUCAACAUUUGCGCUUCUACCGCAGUACCAGCACUUUACAAACCCAACAGCACCAACACACCACUUUAUUUGGUGAAAGCAUUCACGGUGGACUAUUAACCCAGUCUCAAGGCAUUUCGUGAUAUAGUCACGAAAUGGGACUAUAUAUAUGACGCAUGGAUGGCCAUACCGUACCUGCUUUGAUUUACACGUGUAGUGUUCAGAUUCACUGAGUAAAUGCAUU